AUGACGUUGGUCUUCAUAGGCUUCAGCAAACGAGCCAUGACGGUCUCUCGCAUGAUAUCAACUUGUCGAAAUAUUCUUCUGCUCCUGCCUGACUACAUACCAACGUUUUUUGCUGCUGAGAAGAUUAAAAGCCCUGGCGAGGGGGUAGUUGACGCUGAUGAACGUCAACGCUGGGGUUCAUAUGCCCUCUAUCUCAACAAGGAGGGUGAAUCUGGGUUUGAGCUAUUCCGAUCCACUGCGAUGGCCUCUGACGCGCCAGCCACCUUCACCUGCUGUUUCUGCAACGAAAAGUUCUCCGAAAAUGCCCAAUUUUGGGCUCACAUGUCCGCGGGCAAUUGUGAAGCCAAAUCCGACCUGCUUCCACCGCCUCCGCCACUAACCGUGCAGGUCAACAAUUCGCAUUUGAAUGAAGCUCCCACCCAGCCUGCCGCUCCUCCC